AGGGCCAAACUGUUGAUUUCAACAUGUGAGGAAUAGAAAAAAAUAUAACAGACUGACGAGAGAGGGUACAUUGUGAACAACAGAUUAAACAUAUACUACAUGAAACGUACAUCAGAUAAACAAAACACAUUAACAACUAUGGGCAAAGGUGUGAGUCAGGAUGGCUGACAGUCUAGGGCAAGGCUGCUGAGAUGAUAUCAUGGUGACAGUAGACAAGCGAUAAAUCUGAUGUAGAUUUCAUUUAUUUUUCUCUUGCUUGAUAACGAUAUUAGUAUGUAUACUGAAAUGUCACUCAGUCAAUAAAUAGUUGUGAUCCGUAUAUUUGCUAUAUUGAUCAUCUGAUUUGUAUCGGACAGUGUAAAAUCCUAGAAGUGCAUCGAUUUUGAAAAAAAGUGCAUGAACUGGUCAAAAAUUUUUAUUGCCCAAUCUAAUGUUGGAAAAAUGCACAGAUAACAUCCAUUCAUUUAUUUCAGGUCCGAAAACUGCUGGAUGAAUUUCUUGAUGGCUUUUUGGAUAAAUAUCUGCCUCCGGAUUAUCAUCUGUUGGAGAAAGAAGUGGCCCAAGCCAGAUUGGCAGCUGACAUGAAAGAGAAACAUCUAAUUCACCAAGUCUCAGCAGAAGAUAGGGCGAUGAAUCUUAUUACUGAGGAAAUUGUGCUGGAGGUGACGGGCUCCAUGGUAGAGUCUGUGGUCUGUGACAUCUACCAUUUGACAGGUGUCCUGAGGAAUCUGGCUGACCAAACCAUCAUGACCUCAGCUGAGCAUGUUGUGACUGGAAACGAAAGAGGGCAUAACCCAGGUGGACCAGAGUACAGGGAUGUUACCAGAACAUUCUUUGUGCAUCAAAGGGAGAGAACUUUGUCAAGAGCAAACAUAUGGAGUCAUACACAGCCCCUGUCCAUCAACAUUCCUGAUGUUGAAGAUGCAGAGCUUCCAGAAGGGGAAGAUGCAUAUGCCAGUGAUGGCACUCCAUUGAUAGACUUUGACUUUGCAACUGUUAUUGAUGUCAGUCUCCCCCUGGUGUCCAGAAGCAAGGAUGACUUCAAGGGGACACAACUAGCGCAAAAUCAUUACAUAACCAAGGAGCUGAAUUACUGGAGGAAGACGGAACCCUUCCUGUCCAACAUCACAUUAGCCAAAAGGUGUCGGGGAGUGACUUCUGUUCAGCCAUCAGCUGACCACAGAUACCUGGCCGUGGGAACUGGGCAUGGCGACCUCCUUAUCUAUGGACUGUGGACAACCCCAUGGCUGAUCGUGAGAGUGGCGUUAAAUCAGGGAAAGGCAGAUGAUCCUGUGCAGGACAUUCACUGGUCGCUUGACCAUACCAGACUCGUCACUGUCAACAAGCUGGGUGGUGUACAGCUGUGGUCCAUGAAGCCCUGGGGUGCUCCUGUGGACAAAAGCACCAUGAGGACUCUGGGAUUAACCAUCACCAAUGGUAGUUACCUCCCUUUCCAACUCCUCCCUCUACUCUCUCUUCACACUGAAGAUGGGGAUUUCAGGUUUCAGUCAGGACCACUUGCCGAGAGACAAGCCAUUCCUGAUGAUUAUUUCCCCACUAAGGCUACUUUUUUCCCUGACGUGACACUUCUGGGUGUUCAGCAUUCGAUAUGUGUAGCUCUGUCCAAUGGAGAUAUUCUCAAACUGAAUACAGAAAGUGCGACAGCAGCAGCAACAACCAAUCAGCACUCAGUAGAGGACAUUAAGCGAACAACUGGCCAAUUACCAUCAAUGUUGUUGGAGCAGUCAACUAGAUUCCUACAUAAGCCUCUGUCAUCAGACAACCCAAAUUUGAUGGGCGGAGGGGUGUUGGCAGAGUUAUUGCGUAAACACAGCAGUCCCUUGAUGUUGAUUGGCUAUCUGCAGAACUGUGGGAAAAUGAUCAGUGUGGAUGAGGAGGGCUAUAUCUGUCUGUGGAGUUAUUCCAGAGAAGACAUACAGGGAUCUGAUUGGGUAGAACCUGCUCAGCGAUAUUGUAUCAACCGCUACAAGACCAUGUACUCUCCUGAGAAAGACAGCCCACGAAAUGUUAUUUUUAGCGAAAGAGAUAUGAAAAUCAAGCAGGUUCCCAGUGAGCAUGUUGAAGUGAAGCGAAAGCAAGUGGAUUCAAGUAUAAAAUCCUGUGACAUUGGACGACCGUGGCAUAUUCAGGAGAUUCCAGCCCAGAGGUUGACGGCCUGCACCUACAUACCUAAGAAGCUCAUCUCUCCUUCAGGGGCUUUGUUUCACACAGUGAUGAGACAUCAGCGUGGUGGAUUACUCUCCACUUACUUCACACGGCUCUACAAACCAGUCAGGGUGAAGUCUAGCAGGUUGUUGGGCUGUUGUUCUUAAUCCAUCCAGUACAGAGCUUAUUGCUCUUCUCCUCUACCCAGAGGUCACACCCAAAGGUCACCAUGUGAGUGUUAUUGUGAUUAACGUGCUGACAUUGAAGGUUAAGGACCUGAGAGUGGACAUUCCUAUCUCUGAAGAUCAGUAUUUGGACGCCCUAAAGCUCAACAAUGUGUCAUGUGGUGUCACACGAGUGAUGGGCCCA